ACAAUAAAAACAUAACAACUUUUCGAAUGCCACUACUUGGUUAUCACCCGAAAAAAAGAAAAGAAAAUAAAGUUUAGUCGUUUGAUUUCAGUCCUUAUUGGAGUCUUUCACUACCCCUGCUUGUUCUUUUGCAUUUGUAAGCUCUUGCGUUCAAAGCCUGCUGCAGACUGUAUUGUAGUGUGUAGACUUGCCUCUGCUCCUCAAGCCCAUUUUGCUCCCUUUGAUUUGAGUGUUAAGGAACAGAGCAGUUUGUUUACUGGAAAUGGAAAGCUCAGAUGGAUCGAGAUUUGCAGCGAGAACCAGGUUAGCUGAUGAAAAUGCAAGCCAAAAACGGACAAAAUGCUCUGAAGGAGUUGUAAACUUAGUUGAUAGGAUUAGUAGUCUGCCGGACUCAGUUCUUUGUUGGAUUCUGUCUUUUCUUCCAACGACUGAAGCUGUGGCGACUAGCAUCUUAUCAGCAAGAUGGAAAAUUCUUUGGACUGGAGUCACUAGUCUUCAUUUUGAGGAUACUGAAAGGCUUUUUAAUGAGCCUUACAAAGAAUCGAAGAAUGAUGAAAGAUUUGUGAAAUUUGUUAACAAGGUCUUGCUUCUCAAUAAUGUGCAAUCCUUAGGCAAGUUUUACCUCUGCUGGUCCCGUGACUAUGAUGCCUUUUAUAUAAAUACAUGGAUUGCCACUGCAAUUGCUCGAAAUGUUAGAAUCCUUGACAUUAUAGCUGAGUCCGACACAGUUGAAUUGCCUAAUAGCAUUUUUACGUGUAAAACUCUAGAGUUCCUUCAACUGUCUGGUGACCUGUUGAUUAAGUCUCCAAGAUUUGUGUGUCUUCCUAGACUUGUCACCUUCAAUCUUAUUAGAGUUGAUGAUAGAUCCCACGAAUCUAUAGGCCAGAUUUUAUCCGGAUGUGCAGUUCUGGAGUUCAUGUAUAUCGAACAAAAUAUCAAUCUAGCUGGACCUGGACCUCAAAACCCUCAAAGAAUGGCUAUUAAAAUUUCUUCCCCUACUUUGAAAACACUCAGACUGGAUUUUUAUGCGGAUUGCUGUCUGGAUGAAGAUUGGUUCCGUAAGCUAGAGAUAAAUGCCCCUGCACUUGAGUAUCUGUACUUGAAAGAUAGAACAACUGAGUCUUUCAGCAUUGAGGGCCUAAAAGCUUUGUGUGAAGCAGAAAUUGACGUUUAUAUGUGUGAUCCUCCUGAAAGUGAUUACUGUAAUUCAGUUGUCAAACUGUUCCUGGCGUUGCAACAUGUCAAGCUUCUGACUUUAUCAAGAGACACAAUGCGGGUUCUUGGCAGAGCCACUGCUCACUUCUCGACAAAGUUUGACAGAUUGACCACGUUGGUGGUGGAAGCCCACUGGUGUAAACGGAGUUGUUUGCCGGCUUUGCUUGAAAGUUCAGUCAAUUUACAAGUUCUUGAGGUUUUAACGGCUGGCUGGAUGAAUCCUGAUGGAGUUCCUAGAUGCUUGCUGACGAGUCUUAAAGAAAUUGUUGUUCAAGAACUUGAAGACAGGAAAGGCGAGCUUGCAAUGAUCAGCUAUUUUCUUAAGCAUGGUAGAGCGUUGGAAGUAGUAGAUCUAUAUUCUGAAGUACAUCUUGAUAUCCAGAAAAAAUUUCAGCUACUUCAGAAGAUAUCCGUGUUCCCAAGGAAGUCAGAUACAUGCGAGGUUGUGUUUCACUGAGAUGGCUUCAAAGAACUUGUCCAUUUUGACUCUUUGGAAAAGUGAUUGGCUUGCAGAUAACCGUGACAGCUUGGUCAUAUUAUAGAAGAUUUAUGUGUUUGGGUUUUAUAGCCUUACCAAUGCUCUUAGGGCAAUGUUAACGCUCAAAACAUAUUUAUUCUUUUUACGGUGCAAGCACUUUAAUUUAUCGCCCC